AUAUCCAUCGAUCCAUCUCCAUGUAUGAUCCAGCAUGUGUAAAUUGUGAACUCAGGCUAGCUGAGCUCAAGGCACCCACGCGACGGUCAAUCGUUUUUUCAAAGUUGAUUUUUUUAGUUCGACAGCGUUGGAUCAGCUGUUUUUUUUACCACUCUGAACAAUGUCAUUGACACUAAUCAAAAUCCCAUAAAUAUAAGUUAUUGCCAACAAUUGUUAUAGGUUAUUUGGGUUUACAUAAAUUAUAAAUUUAUAUUAAAGAAAAUUAUGAACAAGUGGACUAAAGAUGCAAGCUUAGCUUGGAAUCUGUUAAAUGGAGUAUUUAUCUUGUACAAGCCACCAGGAAUUCAUUAUCUCAACGUUAGAAAAACUAUCAUUCAAAAUUUAUGUAGAGAUUUAAACCAAAUGGAGGUACGACCUCCAAAUAAAUAUAUAUCCAUUGAGGGGCCAACAACCAAAGAAAUGGAUGUGAUAGUGAGGGACAGUUAUGCUGAUGAUCCCUUAGUCGUUGGACCUAGAUAUGUUGUUGAAGAUUUUAAGCUUUUUUCCGCAAACUUCGUAUCUCAAGAGAGCUCAGGAGUUAUGGUUUGUGGCGUUAAUCAUGGCACAAGAUUAAUUCAUAAAUUAAAGGAUGCAAAGUUAACGAAGUUCUACAAAUUAAAAGGCAUAUUUGGUCAGGCAAGGCAUAAUGAUUUUGCAACAGGAAGAAUUGUCGAAAAGUCAACUUGGAAGAAAAUAAAAAGAUUCAACAUUGAUAAUAUGUGUGCAUCAAUGCAAGCUUCUCAUCAAAAAAAAAUGUUUGAGCUUUGUGGAAUAGAUAUGCAAACCCAGGCUGCAUAUGAAUUAGCUAUAAAAGGUCCUAUAAGACCAGCAGAUCCCAGAGUUCCUAUGGUCUAUAAUAUCAAAUGUAUUGAUUUUAAACCACCAGAAUUCACCUUAGAAAUUGUAGCAAUCAAUGAAACUGAUGAACAUUUGAAAGCUAUAGUUGCUGAAUUAGGCUACAGGCUUCAUAGUACAGCAUAUUGCAGUCAAAUACAAUGCACCCAAUUUGGCCUGUUUCAUGUAAAAGAUUCUUUAUUGUCAAAACACUGGGAUUUGCAAAGCAUCAUGAGCAACAUCAGUCUUUGCCGUAAAAUUCUUCAAGAAAAUCCAUUUAUGUUAAAUCAGGAGCAUGCUCAUCUUGUUCAAAAAACAGCUGAACAAUAAUCACAUAUGUGAAAGUGUAUGAAGUGUAAAUAAGAAUUGUAAAAUAAUGUUAAAUUCAACAAUUUUAAAUAUAACUUUUUUAUUAACAUUA